GGGCAUAUCAGCAUAUGUGCAUAUCAUCAUAUGUUUAUAAUUUGUAUUUUAUUUGUCACAAGCAGAUGUUAUUGCGGGUGUAGCGAAAGGCUUGUUUCUAGCUCCAACAUUGCAGUAAUAUCUAGCAAUACACACAACCUAAAAGUAAAAUAAUGGAUUUAAGGAAUAUAUAAAUAUUCUAUGCGUUAAAUCACAGUGUCGGAAUUGUUGUUUACACAAUUAAAAAAAUAUACACUUACUGUAGCAGUUUUGCACAGGUCCAUAAACUGUGCCUCCAGUUGACGAGCUUCACUUCCUCCCUAGUUAACUUACACACAGGUGUUCGGAGUAUGCUAGAUAGCUAAUUGGCACAGGUAACGGCCUAUCUCUAUCGGUCUUCUGGGACACAAUAAAAAAAUAAGCAAAGCCAAGCAUCACACAGUUCACCCUUUCCCCUCUGUCUCUCACUCACUCAAUUGCGUUCCUACCGCUCCCUCUACACCCACGUGCUACUGAAAUAAAUGCCUAUAAAACGUAUCUAACUGAUAUGAUACACAAGCCACAUUCCUUGCCAAAUGAUGACAGUUGAAUCAAAAAUUCUAAAUGGACUGGUUGACAGUGGGGAAAAUGUGUUCCAACAAUGAGCUGCAGUUUUCGAAUAAUUGCAUCAUUUUGUGGUUGUUACUUCCUAUUACAGCCACAAAGUAAAAAUGGUCUAAAUCGUAAAAAUUAAUGGAAAAAAACAUUUGCUUUUUGGUAUUAAUUUAAGGAAAGGCAAAAGUUUAAUAGUGUGGUUAAGGUUAGGGGUUAGGUUUAAAAUCAGAAUUUUUCAAAUCAAAUUUGUAGAAACAGGAGGGUUUAAGACUUUGUGGCUGUGGUAACUAACGUCAGUAACGACCCUACUUUGCGAACUCUGUGUUACAUAGACCACCAGUUCUACAGGCAUGCUGAACACACCAAUGGACCGACACAUCGACUGACAAUGGACUGACCGUCCCUCUCCACCCGUCCCCUGCCCCUCUCAGUGUUUGUGCCUGCUGGUUCUCGGUUGGUAGUUCCUCGGGCACCGUGUGUCAUGGCCUCCAACAGUCGGGCUGGAAGACAUUCCCUGUGGUGGUUUCUCUCGCCGUUCCGGAGCAGGCAGGAGCGUGUGGUGCUGGCACGCAGCGAGAGCAUGCCGGGGGAACACGUGCUGAAGAUCACCAUCACAGAGACCACUGUGAUCGAGGCAGACUCGGGGGUGUGGAACUCUAAGUCGCUGGUCUACCUGGGUCUGUGGUACUUCUUCAGCUUCUGCACACUGUUCCUCAACAAGUACAUCCUGUCUCUGCUGGAGGGGGAGCCCAGCAUGCUGGGCGCUGUUCAAAUGGUCUCCACCACCAUCAUAGGCUUUCUGAAGAUGUAUGUGCCUUGCUGCCUAUACCAGCACAAGUCCAGGACUGAGUACCCCCCCAACUUCCUCAUGAUCAUGCUGUUUGUGGGGCUCAUGAGGUUCACUAGUGUGGUACUGGGACUGGUGAGCCUGAAGAAUGUGGCGGUCUCCUUUGCUGAGACGGUGAAGAGCUCCGCGCCCAUCUUCACUGUCAUCAUGUCGAGGCUGAUCCUAGGGGAAUACACAGGGAUGUGGGUGAACCUGUCCCUUUUUCCUGUCAUGGCUGGCCUGGCCCUCUGCACUGCAACAGAGACCAGUUUUAAUAUGCUGGGCUUCUCUGCAGCCCUCUCCACCAACAUCAUGGACUGUUUACAGAAUGUUUUUUCAAAGAAGCUACUAAGUGGAGACACAUACAAAUUCAGCCCUCCAGAACUGCAGUUCUACACCAGUGCAGCUGCAGUCAUUAUGCUAAUACCUGCCUGGGUCUUCCUCAUGGACCUUCCAGUGAUUGGGAAGAGUGAGCGUUCGUUCAGCUGGAGUCAAGACAUCGUUCUGCUGCUGCUGUUUGAUGGGGUCCUGUUCCACCUGCAGAGUGUCACCGCCUACGCCCUCAUGGGACGCAUCUCUCCCGUCACCUUUAGUGUUGCCAGCACAGUGAAGCACGCCAUGUCUAUCUGGCUGAGUAUCAUUGUGUUCAGUAACCACAUCACGGUGCUCAGCGCCGCCGGCACGGCCCUGGUUUUUGUUGGUGUGCUGCUGUACAACAAGGCCAAGCAGUUUCAGAGAGACACUUUACAGGCCCUGGCCCAGGCUCAGGACCAACACAACAAACCACUUCUGCAGGACCACGAGCUCAAAGCAUCGGACCGAUACACUCCCCAGGAGACCAAAGGGGGAGAGACCAAAGAGGUCUGUUCUUUUUAACUUUGAUAAUGUAGAACCUGAUAUGCAGACUUGCACCAGCAUUACAACAAAUCGGAGAAGUCAACGGUCAUCAUAACACAGUGAAAGGAUCUGUCACUGGGGUUUCUCUCAGUGGGAAUUGUCCAUUCGAGAGGCUGGUUUCAUUCGGCCUCAACUUGAUUCACUCUGAUGAUACCUUUGUGAACUUGCCUUAGUGUGCGGUCUGAACGCGGACCAGUGUUUGACUCGGUUCGGUGUGUUUGAACUUCACUUUUACACUGUCAAUUCCUUUUGUUGUUCCAUUCCCUCACCUGAAAUGUUUCAUUAUUUCAUAUGGUUUUGAAACACGAGCAAACUCAGGAUUUCUCUCAAUGUUCAUUGGGUGGAAGCGGUUCAAUGCAAGUCUAUUUUUUCUGCGUACUUGCCUUUAAUGAUCAUUUUUGUAAUGUUUUAUUGAGUUUUACAUUUUUCGGUUAUGGACACACGUUGUUGUUGACUAAACAGCUUUAUUCUCCUGAUCAUUGGCGAAGGUCCAUCAACAUGUAGAACAGUCAAGACAUUCAUCAUUCAUUCUAAUAGGGCUUUAGCUCAGCUGUAUACCAAUUGGUCACAAGUGUAAAGCAAAUAUUUGCCUUGAGUGCAGUCUGCAGAGGUCGUAUCCUUAUCUGCAGUUCUUACAAAUUCACCUAGCAACCAUUUUUUAUUUUGCAAAGCUUUCUUUAGGUUACUAUUGUGUUGGUUCUUCAUUUUCUUGUUGUUCUUGAACAGAACCUGAAAGUUUCGUCAUAGCUAGGUGUUGAGAGAUUGAUUUGGGCUUAUGUGGCAUUGUGUAGCUUUCCACACCCCUGUCUUACUUUCUGUGCCACACUGAACCUUGUUAUUUGCUAAGAGUCAGUUGAAUAAGGGAGACUUGAUGUACUUUAUUUCAAGUGCUAAGCAUACUGUUAAUGAAACUGUUAUUUGUCUUGAGUACAUUCCUUUGUUAUUUUUGCAUUCUUGUUCAACAAUGAAUGUAUUUUUAGUAGUUCUGGUUAUGAAACACCCCAAGGUCUCUCAACCAACCUCUUCAGGAUCUGCCCCUAAAGCAAGGAUAUGCAUAUUCUUGAUACCAUUUGAAAAUAAACACUUUGAAGUUUGUGGAAAUGUAAAAGGAAUGCAGGAGAAUAUAACACAUUAGAUCUGGUAAAAGGUAAUAAAAAGAAAAAGGAAAAAAUCAUUUUUUUUUGUACCAUCUUUGAAAUGCAAGAGAAAGGCCAUAAUGUAUUAUUCCAGCCCAGGUGCACUUUUGAUUUUGGCCACUAGAUGGCAGCAGUGCAUGUGCAAAGAUUUAGACUCAUCCACAGAAUCAUUGCAUUUCUGUUCAAACUGUUAUAUCAAGACUGCCCAAAUGUGCCUAAUUUGUUUGUUAAUAACUUUUCAAGUUCAAAACUGUGCACUCUCCUCAAACAAUAGCAUGGUAUUAUUUCACUGUAAUAGUUAUUGUAAAUUGGACAGUGCAGUUAGAUUAACAAGAAUUUAAGCUUUCUGCCAAUAUCAGAUAUGUCUACGUCCUGGGAAUUUUUCUUGUUACUUACAACCUCAUGCUAACCGCAUUAGCCUACGUUAGCUCAACUGUCCCGUGGAUGGGACACCGAUCAUAUCCUCUCAUCCAUAUUACCAUUUUGGUGAUGUAAUCUAAUAUUUGCAUUAAACAAGCUAAGUUAUAUAGAUUCUGUUGUGGAAUCUCCAAAGACUGAUUUAUUCAAUGCUGCCUGACGAGAGAGAGAAUAAGCGAGAAGACCAUGGGUGUACAACUCUUGUCCUCUUGGCCUGUAUUCUAUGCUGGUUUUUCAUCCUUGCCUUUUAACUUGGAACUGAAUUAUAUCUGCAUAACCAGUUGUGUGACUUCCUUAGCCAAUCAAUGACACUUUGAGCAAUUAAGCACCAGGGAGAAACAAAAACCAGAAGGACUUUGACCCCAAGGAUGGCCAUCACUAGUUGCCACCGCCACAAAGUCAUGAACCCUGCCUAUUUCUACAAUUUAUCUACUUUAAAAUUAGAUUUUGAACCCUAACCUUAUGCCUAAACUGAACCUUAAACUAAGACCAAAAAACAUAUUUGUUUUCAUAAAUUCUUAUGAUACAGCCAAUUUUGACUUUGUGGCUGUGCUAUCUAGUGGAAACCCUGAAGGCAUGAAGCAGUCCAUGGCUGGAAUUCAAUCAUUGCAGAUCGGCAAUUUUUUUCUACACUGGCCUCUCAGAAGUGUGUUUGAUUUGACAACAGUAUAUCCCGGAUGAAGGGAAUUGCCACUUUAAUUAAAAACUGUCAGUCCUAUGGAUUGAAAGAGCUAGCUACAACGAUUGAAAUGAUUCAACAACUCUAUUGAGCUUUGGCUUAGUAAAACUGGAGGUAAUUUUUGUCCUUUUUCUAUAGGAAACGUGUGAUCAGUAGGGUAGACUAAAGUGAAACUAUUCAAAACUGACUACAUUUUGUAAGGGGAAGCUGACAUAAAAUGGAAACGUCUGUUUGCUUCAGUGAAUAGUACUGGCAUUGACUUGGUUUUGUCAUGGUGUGGUACUCUGUAGUGCUUUUCUCAGACUAACAACAAGUUCAACAAAGGAAAGUCAUAAUUUGCCAACACUGGCACUGUUGGCACUUCCCGAUAUGGGCAUGUCUCAACUUUUGACAAAUUGGAAUGUUUAAAAAAUAUAUAUAUUUUUUUAAAGCUUAUCUAAGCAGGAAGUCACCAUGCUGUGUAUGACAAUGUCAUAUUGCUGAGUCUGCGUUUAAACAACACAAUAUUUGUGAAAGUUCUCACAUGCCGUUGGUUGACAAUGUUCGUACAUUACUAAUGUAGACACUAAUUUGUGUGCAUUUGACUAUUUCAAUCAAUCAAUGUUUAUAGUUGUAAAUUAUUUCUGACUUUCAGACUGGCUUUGUUCAAUCUUCUAAUUAUUUUACAAGUACCACUUUUUUUGCACGUUUCUCUAUAUUCAUGAUCUUACCAGACUGUGCUUUUCAGUCAUGGUACAGUGUUGAUAAGACUACUGUGAUUAAGGUAUUUAUUGUCAACUUCAAAAUGUUUAACCAAUGUGGUAUAUCAAAGACUACAUCAGGUCUAGUGCUUUGUAAAAUUCUCAUCAAGAGACGCUUACCUCCUAUUCUCUGAGAAUUUGCUCAGAAUCUGUUUUUUGGGUUGUAUUAUUUUGGGAGGCAUUUAUCUUUAAAAAUAGAUAUAUAAUAAACCUGUGGACCUUUUAUUUGAUGUUGAUGUAUUCCCCUCAAUUAUUUUGUUGGUUGCCAUAUGAACUUGAUAUCGUACUUUACACUGUGAUUUAUCUCCCACUUCUCAUUGUCAUUUAUGUGUCUAGCAAUAUGUCAACAUUCACAUUAAUGUACCGCUCAAUUAUUUUUUUUUAACAGAAGAUGGAAGGUAAAAUGAUUGUGUAGGAUUAAGGGAUGAUAAUAUAACAAAAUAGGUCUACUGAAUAGGCCUAGUGCUAAUACAUAUAACUGAAAAGUGUGUUUCAUUUGAAAUUGUCAAUGAGGAUCCUAAUUGUAUAUUUUGGGGUGCUGGUAAUGUGAGUUUGUGGUUACUAAUUGUAUAUUUUGGAGCUGGUAAAGUGAAACAAUGUAAGGUUUAAUCGAUUUAAUAAUAGAUAAUGUACAGUAUAAACUGGGUUAAUAAAAGUGAUUUUUAUUGUGUUAUA